AUGUUGACUUGUUUUGGUUUCGGAAUUGCUCUUGAUGAUCUGAAGCAGAUUUUUGGAUACUUAAUUGGUAAAUUUAGAGAGCUUGCUUUGACACCUGAAGUUCAUAUAGAAGAUGUUGUUGUAAGUCCUCAGGGUUGCAUGGUCUAUGCAAGGGGAAUCGAGAUCACUCAUUCGGAGAAACCCGAAAAUUGGACAUGGAGUUCAAUUAAAGAGCAACAAAACGAAGGAUCCAUUGAAGUUGCAGAACUGAAAGAAGUUUACUGGCUAGACAUAAGAGGAGUUUCGAAUACAAGAAGUCUGACACCAGGGACAAGGUACGAGGUGGUAUUCGUGGUGAAGUUAAAAAAUACUGCAUUAGGAUGGGAGGUCCCGGUCAACUUGAGUCUAAAGUUGGUCAUGCGCGAUAGGAGUGAGAAUCUACAGGAGAAUAGUGUGUGUUUGGAUGACUACAUAAGUGACGACUGGGUCAGUAUUAUAGCCGGAAAUUUCGUGGCACCACCUAAAGACGCACCAGCGAAGAUCAUCUUCACUAUUUAUCAAUAUGACGACAGCAUCAAGAAGACCGGGCUUGUUGUUAAAGGUGUUGCUAUUCGUGAGGUGACGGCGAACUAA